ACACGGCGGCUGGCUACGUCCCACUCCGUCAACUCGCCGGUACAAACAAACAACAUGUUAUAAAAAAACAUAUUUCUCCUUUUUCUCUCCUUUACCUUCUCCGUCUCCUUCUCCUCCACCAAACCGAUUCCUCGGAUCCUUCCUCAUGGAGCCGGCCGUACUGCAAUUCUAGGGAUUCCGAUCAUUACACAGAGCUUUGGAAAAAGGCGUAGUUCGAGCUCGCCGAGGGGAGGUUUUGUCUUGUUUCUUAUUAUAGGGCGCAUGGAAUUCGAGGUCGCGGCUCCAAAUCCGCUCUCGCCGUCACCCUCCAAGGCGUGCGAGGAGAAAUUGGACGAGGAUCGCCUUCGUGUCAAGCGGAAGACCUUGCAAGCCGUGCUUGACCAGUGUCAGAGAGCUCUCGAAUUGCUCAACAACGCUGACGGCGCUGCUGCUGCUGCUGCCGAUGAUGAUGACCGUGUCCCUGACCUCGAGGAGUUUAGGGAUAGGGAACUCACUCGACGGAGCUCUUUCGAUUCUCUCGCCGAUCGAGAAGCUGAUGAGCUGUGUGACCUUCUCAAGUCUAGAGUUGAAUGCCCUGACUUUCUUGAAAAGCUAGAGUGUGCCCAAGCUUCUCUUCCACAUGAAAUUACUGUAGGAGAAGAAUGUAGUUCUUGGGACAUGGUAAAUGAGAAUGAUCUUUGGGAAGGUGAAAUCGGUCAUUCAGAACAAGAAGACUUUGUUCUUGUUCGGCAAGAAGAUAUAGUAGACGGUAUUGCCUGCUUCAUGGCUGCUUAUCUUUUGUCCCUUAAACAGACUAAGGUGUGAAACAUUUCUACUUUUUGCCGCAUAUGUUGUUUAUUUGUUGUAGUAAUGAGCAUGCUGAUCAAUGUUGGAUAGCAUUUCAUCAUCCUCUUGCUGCUUCUCUCUUUUUUAAUGAGUUCAUCUUGGAUCUUUUGCAUCUUAACUUGACAUUGGACCAUCACUGAGCCUUUGCAAGGCUUUUCAUUGGACAGAAUUAAACAGGGACAAGCUCUUUAGUAUCUGUAAUUAGAUUUCCUUGUAGGUUGUGUAUUACUUUGUUGCCAACUUCAAUGGACUGUAUAUGUUAAGAACAUAAUUUGAUUUAUUUCCCUGUCGGUGGUGUAACUGUGUAAGAAAGAUGGGAUUUUCAGCCUAGUGAUUCACUGUUAGAGAGACUGGAACUUGAUUUCUUGUUUUGAUAUUAGUGCCAUCCAGUAUGAUUGCUCCUUAGAGGAAGUCUGGUAAUGCUUAUAAACAUGUCUCUCUUGUUCACAGGACCUGACCCCAAAUCAACUGCAGGAAGCCCUCAGCAAAACAUUCUCUGUUAAAAAGAGAAAAGGAAAGCUUCGGAAGGCUUGGGAUGGAAGCAAAGUAAUUUACAACGUCGCGUCUUGGGGGGCAACAGCCAUCGGGAUCUACCAGAACCCAGUAAUACUGAGGGCUGCCACUAACGCCUUCUGGACCUCAUGCCACAUUAUCUCAAAGCUUCUCUGAGUUAGGCUGUUGUGGGUUAGGACUUUCGGAGAACGCUCUCUCGGUGAUGGGAUUCCUUCAGCUCGCCAUGUCACAUCCAUGCUUGUUCUGCAUGGCAGCUAUGCUGUAUGUCAAUUCUUUGUCGUUGUUCCACACAAUGAUUUGAUUUCGGCUUAUUUGAUUUAAUCUUGUAAAUGUCUGCCUGUGUCGGGUGCUAAGUGUUCUUUUCCAGUGUGAAAUCUAAGUUCAUUGCUAGGAAGGAUCCUCUGCUUGUGUAAGCUCGCUCGCUCGCUCUCUCUCGGUCUCCUGUCUCCUUUCAUGAUCUGAUGUAUAUAGUCCUGUAAAUAUUCGAAUCUUAUGAUGUUUGAGUUGGCAAUGCUAUGGUAGGUGAUGACUCAAUUCUGUUUCAUUCAAGCUAUAGCAGCAGUACACAUUUUGGUGAGCCCUCGAAACUGGAAAGGGAGAUUUUACUACAGCACUUAAAAACACCAACGAGU